CAUCGACAUUCAUUCUAUACCCAAGCGUUUUAUAUCUCAAAAAAUUAUUAUAUUACUAUGCCGUGAUGGACCGACACGGAGCCAUUUGCUCUUCUGGCGCCCUCAUUGCAGGGCCAGUGCUGUUUCUCCUCCCCAUCUAGCUUCAAAUGGAUGACAUCACCAUCCCUUCCACUUCGCACAUCACAAUGCUGGGCAUCUACAUAACCAACCUAAUAAUCCUCCCCAUAGCUCUCCUGAUAAUCAUCCCGCUCGCCUUCACUGCAACAAUUACCAUCUCUAUAGCUUUCGCAACCCUCUUCCUGCGCCUCUGUCUCGUCUACCUCGAUUUUUUCACCGCCCUCGCCAGAGCAUAUUUCCACACCCUGCCAAGCCCACCCAGCUCGACAGCUACAGGUGCAUACCCCGGCAGCCCCCAUUUUCACACCGUCCAUGACCCUACCCACCGCCGCAGCUCAUCCCAACCAGGCACGUACUCACCAACUGAGAACUUGACGUUCCGAGGCCGUAUCUACCACCGCAACUCACAAUUCCUGCUGCGGAAGGGCUCAACCCCGCCCGAGAGGAAGAGAAGACUCAGAAUACAAAAUUCACAGGGCAAUCCUCCACGGAUGUGCCCAUUAGCACGCAAACACAGCCUUCCAACGCCUGUAUCGCUGGGGACCUUUGUGAGUAAGGGGGACCUGGGGGACGAUUUUGAGCCGAUCAAUGGCCUCUUUCAAGCACCCGCGGGCGUUGCUGCGAGGCCACAGAUAACCCCGCCCUUAUCGGACGAAACCGGUGAUGGUGGACAUGGGAAUCGCGAUGGUGGUGAUGGUUUUGAUUUUGAGGACGAUGGCGAUGACGAUGACGAUGACGAUGACACUGCCGUUGCUGAUAUCCUCGACUAUUGA